AGUUUUUAGGUUUUUUUUUUUCUUUAAACAAUUUUAGUUUUACAAUAUUCAACCUUCCUUUUGCUUUCUCUGAUCUCUCAAAAUUCCAAAAACCUUCGAAACCCAAACACAUUUUUUUUUAACCUCACCACUCUCUCAUUUACACGGUUCUUCCUUUUUUAGCCGCGGGGGAAGAAUGUCGAUGACAGAGGCUGCAGGGAGAAAGAUCAAUCCAUAGAUGAUAGAUUAGUGUUUAAUUUUGUUUCCCAUUACAAUUAUCUCUUUAGGGUUUUUAGAUGAUUUAGACCUCUAUAAAUGGGGAAUUGCUUUGGAUCUUCCUCAAAGAAUGAGGAUGUUAACAUUGACGACUCCUCAGUGAACUCCAAACCCUUUUCACGAGCUGAGAGUGAUACUGGAAGAAGCUCGAAUCUGUCAUAUCCAUGGAGUUUAAAGCCUCUGAUUACAAGAAAAUGUGAAGCUAACAGCACUCUACCUGCACCUCACGGAGAAGGAGACAUCAUGCAUUCUCAAUAUCUGAAGUCAUUUACCUUAGAUGAGCUAAUGAAUGCUACAGGAAACUUCUGUCCAGACAGUCUAAUUGGAGAAGGAGGGUUUGGUUUUGUGCACAAGGGUUGUGUUAAUGGUGGACCUGGAAUCGAAGUAGCGGUUGCUGUAAAGAAGCUUAAAACUGAAGGGUUUCAGGGACACAAGGAGUGGCUGAGGGAAGUGAAUUAUCUUGGAAGAUUGCAUCAUCCAAAUCUGGUGAAAUUGAUUGGAUACUCCUUGGAAGACGAACAACGUCUUUUGGUUUACGAGUAUAUGCCUAAUGGUAGUCUUGAAAAUCAUUUGUUUGAAAGGGGUUCUAAUGUGCUUUCUUGGUCACUGCGUAUGAAAGUGGCGAUUGGUGCUGCUAGAGGGCUUUGUUUUUUGCACGAAGCUAAGGAUCAAGUCAUUUACAGAGACUUCAAAGCAGCAAAUAUCCUUCUUGAUUCAGGAUUCAACCCAAAACUCUCAGACUUUGGGUUGGCCAAAGAAGGUCCAAAAGACAACCGUUCACAUGUGACAACCCAAGUCAUCGGUACAGAAGGUUACGCAGCUCCUGAAUAUCUAGCAACAGGUCAUCUAACAACGAAAUGUGACGUCUACAGCUUUGGUGUAGUCUUGCUAGAGAUUCUAUCUGGACGUAGAGCAAUAGACAAAACCAAAGCUCGAGAAGAAGAGUACCUAGUGGAAUGGGCGACACCUUACUUGCGAGACAAGCGAAAAGUGUUUAGGAUAAUGGACACGAAGCUUGUGGGUCAAUACCCUCAGAAAGCAGCGUUUAUGAUGUCUUUCUUGGCUUUACAAUGUAUUGGAGAGGUUAAAGUUAGACCAUCGAUGCCUGAGGUCUUGUCUCUUCUUGAGAAAGUUCCAAUUCCAAGACAUCGAAAGAGUAAAAGCAGAGGUUUUGCUACUAACUCUUCUUCCAAACGGUUUCUCAGACAUCCUAAUUAAGGACUCAAAAACUCUUUGGCUUUUUGAUCAUUUCUUUUGUGGAACUGGAAUAUAGAAACCUUGUUUUUUUGUUA